CUCUUACGUCAUCUCAUUUUCCCCAGUUGGUCACUGACGAGACUUCACGCCGCCUAUCGAACCCUGUCUCCACCGUGAACUCCACCGCAGCGGCUGCUUCACAUCCUCGGAGUCUCCAAGCUGAAAGCUUGGGAGUUUUGAAAUCGGAGCUGUGAUGGAUAGGAUAAGUCAUCUGCCUGAACAUCUUCUUUUGAGGAUUUUGUCGUUUCUGCCUAGUACCAAAGAUGUUGUGGCCACAAUGGUUUUGUCUAAACGGUGGCAGUUUCUGUGGACGCUUGUGCCAAGACUAGUCUACGAUGGUAGGCAUCGGAAUAUCACGAAAGAAAGUUUCUCGAGGUUCGUAGACAGAUCAUUGCUUUUGCACGAGGCUCCAGUUCUAGACUAUUUGCAGUUCAGGCUUGGUUGGAAGUCUAGUGAUGUUGAUAAUAUUGGAGUGUGGGCUAGAGCUGUAGCUAGGCGCCAUGUGCGUGAGCUGGUCAUCGAGAUUGAUGGUAUUUCUUGGACAGAUCCAGCCACCAUUCCUAAGAGUUUGUACACGGUAUCCGGAAUGCUUGUAAAGUUGAAACUUGAGAACUUGGUUCUUGUUGAUGAUGUUGCUUCACCGGUGUCUUUCUCAUCUCUCAAGAUAUUGAGUCUUGUAUUCAUCGAAUACGCAGGUGGUGACGAAUAUGUCAACAGGCUUUUAACUAAUUGCCCUGUUCUUGAAGAGUUUUAUGUGGACCGAUGUCUUGAUGACAAUGUUACUAUUUUCUGUGUUAGAGUGCCGACUCUAAAGAUUCUAGGGAUGUCUAAUUUAACUGACGAUGACGAACAUAGCGACGAACCAAAUGGGGUUGUGAUAGAUGCUUCUUCUUUGGAGACAUUUACUAUUCUUGAUCGCACAGAUGGGUUUUGUGUCCUUGAGAAAGAAAUGCAUAACAUUGUAAAGGCAGAUAUUGACAUUAUGUAUAAUCACUCUGAGAAGAUUCUGUGUUCUAUCACUCCAGUCAAGGAUCUCCUUUUAUGUUUAUCAUCCUCAAAGGACGCAUAUCCUAGUGGUUGUGUCUUCCACUGUCUGGUAAAAUUUACUCUAUGCAGAUGUGAGAGACAGUGGUUGAACCUACUUAUGUGUGUGCUCAGAGAUUCACCUAAAUUACGAGUUCUCAAACUUGUUCAGAAAGAGGGCUCUCAGGCUGAUCAACCGAACCCGAGUUGGAGUGAACCGAGCUCAGUUCCCGAAUGUUUGUUAUCGAGUCUUGAAACUCUCGAAUGGGAAGAUUAUGAAGGAACAAAAGAAGAGAAAAAAGUGGUUGAAUAUAUCUUAAGAAAGGGUCGAUGUUUGAAAAAGGUGACUAUCUCCUCUAAACCCACUGACUCCGACAAGAAACUGGAGAUGAUUAAGGAGUUAGCAUUGUCGUUCAGGCGUUCACCUAUCUGCCAGCUUGUAUUCAACUGAAGUUAUCAGACAUGUCAAGCAACAUCGUGUUUGGUCUGAAUCCUAGAUAAGCUAUUAUAACGUUUUAUGUUUUCUUUUGUUCUUCCAAUGAAACAUCAAAACUAUUAUAUUUCCCUAGUUUAUCUUAUUUGCUUUUGCCCUAUUUUAUAACUUUAUUUAA